AUGGAGAGCAAUUACUGGCGACCGUCGGAGACAUUCAGUAGUACGAGCGGAAACGGUAGUACGACAGGCUCGGACUUUACUAUUGUCAAUGUGGGCGGUAGUAAUAGUAGUAGCGGCAGUGAAGCAGCUACUUCGGCGCCUGUAACGACCUCUGACGACGGAUCUAGCUCUUCCGUAGGAGCGGGAGUAAUCGCUGGUAUUGUAGUCGGAUGUAUCGUUGUGUUGGCUUUAAUUGUGGGUAUUAUUUGGUGGAGAAAGCGACGAAAACACUCAAGUGAAGGAGCUGAGAGAGGGAAUAAGGACGCGUAUGGGGAAGUAUUACUCGGUCAGGAUUCUCAAGGUAGAACAGUGUCUUCACAACCAGGCGCAAGUUCGGAUUUCAAUACUGAAGGUCUAUGGACUGAUGAAGCCAUUAUAGCGGCCAGGAUCCCACGAGAGAAGGUUAUAUUACAGCAACGAAUCAGUCGAGGAGGAUACGGAGAGGUGUAUGUGGGAACGUUCAAUGACCAACGUGUGGCAAUCAAGAUGCUACUCCCUGAAACUCGAAAGAGGAUUCAGAGUGUGAACGAGUUUCUGGCCGAAGUGAAGCUCAUGGCGUCCCUGGAACAUCCGCGUAUUGUUGAGUUUAUUGGUGUGGCGUGGGAUUCACUCACGGACUUAUGCGUGGUAUCAGAGUUUAUGGAGGGUGGAGACGUAAGAGCGCUCUUGAAUCGGUACCAAAAUGAGCGAAAUAUUGGGUUUGACUACACUAAAGUGAAGAUCGCACUGCAUGUGGCACAUGCAUUAACGUACAUGCACUCGUUCGAUCCUCCGCUAAUUCAUCGAGAUUUGAAAUCCAAGAAUAUUUUACUUACCGAAGACUACGAUGCAAAAUUGACGGACUUUGGAGCUUCUCGUGCACGUGUGGAUCGUACCAUGACAGCCGGCAUCGGCACGUCUCUGUGGAUGGCACCGGAGAUGAUGACAGGCGAGAAAUACGAUGAAAAAGCUGACAUCUUCUCGUUUGGAGUGGUCUUGUCGGAGCUGGACUCGAAUGCAUUGCCCUAUGCUAAUACUGGCAAGAACCGACAGCCUUCCGAUUUGGCAAUUCUACAGCUUGUGAUGCAAGGAAAAUUACGUGUGAGUUUCUCAGAAACGUGUCCGCCUGCUAUAUUGGAGCUAGGUAUGGCAUGUGUAGCUGUUGAUCCGACUGCUCGUCCAACUGCAGCAGAGGCACUCUACAGGCUCCAGGUAGCUCUUGCCGAACAACAAUAAUUGGAUUUGAUUACCAGUAUAAUUGAAUAUAUUGUGUAUUCACCAACACAGGAUAAAGAAAUAUAUUCAUUCUCUUAUCCUGUACUAGGACC